CGAUCCAGUGCCAUCGCGAAACUCGUUUCGCACUUUUCGCGCCUCUGCGAAACGUUCCGGCCGGCGCGGCGCGACCUUCUGGCAAUUUUGGACUUGCCGUAAUUAUCGCGAGAUGCUGUUUCCGCAAAGCGUUCGCCGCGCGAAAUGACCGUCGUAAAAGUGCGUAGUGUAUUUAUGCGUUAGUGAGUACAGUAUUAGGACUUUCCAUUCGACGAACAGUCGAAAAAAUUCCGAAAGUAUAUUUCUCUCUCAUUUUACUCUCUUCUGUGCACGGUAAUCCGAUAUUUUAUAUUUAAAGUCAUCUCCAUCAGGCACUCUCAGGAAAACAAGUCGCUCCACCCGGACCGUUCGUAUUCGCGCGGGUCAUCCUCUCCGUCGCCCCGGGAUAUCGUUGACGUCAUCGGCGCGUCCCCAGGUGGCGUGGACGCUUGGAUCGAACUUCGUCUCCGCCGUCAGCGGAUCGUUGGCUCGGCACGAACUCCUCCUCUUACCUCGCCACCGUCUUUUCCCCACCGCUCCUCGGACGGCAGUCCGCGGCAUACGCUGGGUCUGGACGUCGAGCAACGUGGUGGUGUGCGUGCGUGAUUCCCAUCCGCUCUCCUCCUCGAUUCCGCGCGCGCGCGCCCUGCGAAGCCCGCCACGCGUAAUUUCUGCGGAGUCGAGGAGCGGAGGAAAAAGAUCGGUCGCAUCGGAGCGAGAUCGACUCCGGAGGAAUUCCGCGCUCGCGGUCGGCGAUAAGCGCGGCGCGAGAUAGAGGAAAAAACGCGGACGGAAGGGAAAAAAGCGCACGCGCGAGUGACACUUAUCAAUCGGUGAUUAAGGGGGAGAGAGAGAGAAAGAGAGAGAGAGAGAGAGAGAGAGAGAGAGGGAAAGAGAGUGAGACAGCAGUACCAAGGUUCCCUUUCUUUAGUGGAAAAGGGAGGGAGACGAGGAAGGGAAGGAAGAAGAAAAGGAGCACAGGAGGGUGACUAGACUUAAACAUCAUGUCGCACGCACGUCUGCGGAACGCCGUGAUCGCCGGCGGCUGGCCGACGAGGGCGAUGACGGUGACGGCGUCGUCGACGUCGUCGGCGGCGGCGACGAGACAGAGUGCCGGCAGCGGUGGCGGGGCGCUGAUUGGCCGAGGGGUAGGGAUGGUAGAUCCGCCGGCGGUGUCCUCCGCGCCGAUGGUACUCCAGCCGGUUAUUCCGUGUCGCGGCAUGGCAUCGAGCGCAGCGGCGGCGGCGGCGGCGGCGUCGGCGAGUCCGCGCGGCAAGGUCCUCACCGAGGACAACGUCUUCGUGAACCUGCGCAAGAUGGAGUACGCGGUGCGCGGGCCGUUGCUCAUCAGGGCGCUGGAGAUCGAGAAGGAGCUGCAAAAGGGCGCUAAAAAACCCUUCAAGGAGGUGAUCAAGGCGAACGUGGGGGACGCCCAUGCGAUGGGCCAGCGGCCCAUCACGUUCCUACGGCAGGUGCUCACCCUGACGGUCUCGCCGAAUCUGAUGGACGACCCGAGCUACCCGGAGGACGUGAAGGAUCGCGCCCGGAAGGUCCUCUGCGGCUGCAAAGGCGGCAGCGUGGGCUCGUACUCGGAGUCGGCCGGCAUCGAGUGCAUACGCAAGGACAUUGCGCAAUACAUUCAGGAUCGCGACGGCGGUAUCCCAUGCGAUUAUCACAACAUCAUCCUCUCGAACGGCGCUUCGGACGGUAUCAAGUCAUUCCUGAAGCUGUUCAACGAAAUAAUCGACGGCAAACCGUCCGGCGUGAUGAUCCCUAUUCCGCAGUAUCCUCUGUACUCGGCGACCCUGGCGGAGUUCGGUCUCACCCAGAUCGGAUACUAUCUGGAUGAGGACAACAAGUGGUCGCUGGAGAUCAGCGAGCUGGAACGCGCGCUGGAAAAGGCCAAAGCGACGUGCAACCCUCGCGUGUUGGUGGCGAUCAACCCCGGUAAUCCGACCGGUCAGGUAUUGACUCGCAAGAAUAUCGAGGAUGUAAUCCGCUUCGCACACAAGCAUCACCUGUUCCUGCUGGCCGACGAGGUCUAUCAGGACAACGUGUACGAUAAAGACAGCGCGUUCCAUUCCUUUAAGAAGGUCAUGACGGAGAUGGGCGAGCCGUAUUCGAAGAUGGAGCUCGCCUCGUUUAUGUCCAUUUCGAAAGGGUACAUGGGCGAAUGUGGGAUUCGUGGUGGCUACGCCGAGAUCAUCAACAUGGAUCCGGAGGUGAUGAAGGUGCUGUUGAAGUCGAUCUCCGCGAUGCUGUGCCCCAGCGUGCUCGGCCAGGUCGUGAUGGACGUCGUGGUGAACCCGCCACGACCGAACGAGCCGUCGUACGAGCAGUUUCAGAAGGAGAAGAAGGAAACUCUGCGCUCUUUGGCAGAGAGAUCGCAGCUCGUGGUCGACACGCUCAAUAGUAUUCCGGGAUACAAGGCGAAUCCAGCGAUGGGCGCGAUGUACGUGUUUCCGCGCUUCAAGUUGCCGCCGAAGGCGGUGGAGGCGGCGCGCGCGAAGGGCCAGGAACCGGACGUCUUCUACGCGUUCAAACUGCUGGAGAGCACCGGAAUCUGCGUGAUUCCGGGCUCGGGCUUCGGCCAGAUACCCGGCACGAACCACUUCCGGACCACGAUAUUGCCGCAAAAGGAGAAAAUCAAAACGAUGCUUGAAGCGCUGAAGCAAUUCCACAUCAAGUUCCUUAAAGAAUACAGUUAAAUAAUAAUAUAUUUCCGGUUAAGAAAAUUGAGAUUACAAAGAAUAGAUGUAGGAAUCAAUGAGAAAUGACCUGGGGGCUGUGCAUAUCCGCGUGAGGGCCAAUUUUCGGUUCGGACGCGUCACGAGCGUGAAAUAUUUUUAUUACAAUGAACAACUCACUAUAUUGAGAGACAGCUAUUACAUACCAUGUUAUUGAUUUGUGUAGAUAUCGACAUGAAACUCUAAAUUGUUGUAUGAGAUGAUCAUCGCAUACGACAUUGUUAUUGAGUUUUGUAGAAAUCGUGACAAAACUAUAAAUUGUUGUAUGUAAAUGUAAAUGUAAAUUACUGCUGAAGAAUAUCUGUAAAUAUUUGGUAGUCAUACCACAUAAUUUUGGUAGUUAUACCAACAUUAAUGAUCGAUAUUAUAUAAUAGUUAAUAUUAUAUAAGAGAAAAGAGAAUAUAUUGUUUGAAUAUUGUUGCAGUCGAAA